AUGCAGCGGCAGAUCUUCCACAUGGCUACCGCUGUGGCGUGGGCGCCGCUGCUGCUGGUGCUGCUGUCGGCGUCGUUGUCGUCGCGGUGCGCGGGGCAGGCGCUGGUGCCGGGCGUGAUGAUCUUCGGGGACUCGGUGGUGGACGCCGGCAACAACAACCGGCUGGCCACGCUGGUGCGCGCCGACUUCCCGCCCUACGGCCGCGACUUCCCGGCCACCCACGCGCCCACCGGCCGCUUCUGCAACGGCAAGCUCGCCACCGACUACACCGUGGAGAGCCUGGGGCUGAGCUCGUACCCGCCGGCGUACCUCAGCGACGAGGCGCAGAGCGACAACAGGACCCUCCUCCACGGCGCCAACUUCGCCUCCGGCGCCGCCGGCUACCUCGACGCCACCGCCGCGCUCUACGGCGCCAUCUCGCUGGGGCGGCAGCUGGACUACUUCAAGGAGUACCAGUCCAAGGUGGCGGCGGUGGCCGGCGAGAAGCGCGCGGCGGCGCUCACGUCCGGGUCCAUCUACGUGGUGAGCGCCGGGACGAGCGACUACGUGCAGAACUACUACGUGAACGCCAUGCUGGCCGCCGCCUACACCCCGGACCAGUUCGCCGACGCGCUCAUGCAACCCUUCACCGCCUUCGUCGAGAGGCUGUACGGGCUGGGAGCGCGGCGGAUCGGGGUGACGUCGCUGCCGCCCAUGGGGUGCCUGCCGGCGUCCGUCACCCUCUUCGGCGGCGGCGGCGGGGGCGGCUGCGUGGAGCGGCUCAACAACGACUCCCUCACCUUCAACGCCAAGCUGCAGGCGGCGUCGGACGCGGCCAAGAAGCGGCACUCGGACCUCAAGCUCGUCGUCUUCGACAUCUACAACCCGCUGCUCAACCUCGUCGCCGACCCCAUGAGCGCCGGGUUCUUCGAGUCUCGGCGCGCGUGCUGCGGGACGGGGACGAUCGAGACGUCGGUGCUGUGUCACCAGGGGGCGCCGGGGACGUGCGCCAACGCCACCGGCUACGUCUUCUGGGACGGCUUCCACCCCACCGACGCCGCCAACAAGGUGCUCGCCGACGCGCUGCUCCUCCAGGGGCUGCAGCUCAUCUCCUAG